CGACUUGGGGUAUAAGCCAGUUCUUCGUCUUUAUUUCAUCUUUCUUCCCCUUCAGUCAUCACCGUAAUCUGGAUUAUUAUUAAUCGCCAAACUCUCAACUCAGGGGGAUUCUUUUCGUUCCACACAAGCUUCGAAUUCUGCAACAAUGGAUCUCAAUCUCGAUGCGCCGCACUCGAUGGGAACUACCAUCAUCGGCGUCACUUACAAUGGAGGUGUCGUCCUCGGAGCCGACUCUCGUACCAGCACCGGGAUGUACGUAGCGAAUCGGGCUUCAGACAAAAUCACUCAACUUACCGACAAUGUCUACGUCUGCCGCUCUGGAUCGGCUGCUGAUUCUCAGGUUGUCUCGGACUAUGUCCGCUACUUUCUUCACCAGCAUACAAUCCAGCUGGGACAGCCUGCGACUGUAAAGGUUUCUGCCAACCUCAUUAGGAUGCUCGCAUAUAACAACAAGAACAUGCUGCAAACUGGCCUCAUUGUUGGUGGCUGGGAUAAAUAUGAAGGCGGAAAGAUCUACGGGAUUCCACUUGGUGGAACUGUAGUGGAGCAACCGUUUGCUAUUGGAGGCUCUGGCUCGAGUUACCUUUAUGGUUUCUUUGAUCAGGCCUGGAAAGAAGACAUGACCAAAGAAGAAGCUGAGGCACUUGUUGUGAAGGCUGUUUCACUAGCCAUCGCCCGUGAUGGAGCCAGUGGAGGUGUCGUACGGACUGUCAUAAUCAACUCAGAGGGAGUGACGAGAAAUUUCUACCCUGGAGAUAAGUUGCAGCUUUGGCACGAGGAGUUGGAGCCACAGAACUCUCUACUGGAUAUCCUCAACGCUGCUGGUCCUGAACCAAUGGCCAUGUGAUGCAAACAACAAUCGUUAUCUUACUCUGUCAAGCAAACGUUUUAGAUAUUUCAUUACAUUUACCAAUGUCUAUUAUGACUCCAAACUCUGCUUGAGGUUAUGUUGGAUUGACCCGAUCGGUCUUUUUAAAAUGGAUAUCGUGUUUUGAUUCCUCUGUUAUGGUUUUAGUUACUCUGUUCUCGACGUUGAUUCCUAUCUAUGCCAUGACUUUCUUAAUCAC